GGCGAACAGUGCGUUAAAAGACUACACUCCCACAAUUCUUCGCGCGGAUUUCUUGUUUGAGCGCGUGCCCUCUGUUCGGGGCAGGCAUAACAGCAGCAGGACUGUGUGGUCGUGCGGCCGGCCUCGGCUUUGGGCAGAGUGUGUUGUAGGGCUAACCAAGAUGGUGGACCAGCCUGUGUGGGAGCAGAUAGGGUCCAGCUUUGUGACCCACUACUAUCAGAUGUUUGAUUCUGACAGAUCGCGACUUGGAGCUAUAUAUACUGAUGCAUCAUGCCUUACAUGGGAAGGACAGCAGUUCCAGGGGAAACUUGACAUUGUUAAGAAACUCACUAGUCUCCCUUUCACAAAGAUAGCCCAUAGUAUAACAGCGCAAGACCACCAACCAACCCCAGACUGCUGCAUAUUGAGCAUGGUCGUAGGACAACUUAAAGCAGACAAUGACCCGAUCAUGGGCUUCCAUCAGACGUUCAUCCUGAAGAAUGUAAACGACUCAUGGGUGUGCACUAAUGAUAUGUUCAGGCUGGCUCUUCACAACUUUGGCUAACCUCCCACGUUUUGGUGGGCAGGGGCAGCCAUAGCGAGGGGCACUGGGGUGAUGGAUCAGGGAUGGAGGAAGUGAGGAUGGAGAAACGCUCUUUCCUUCGUCCCUACAUCACAAUUAUGCCCAUGUGACAAACACACAUCUACAGGAUUCUGUAUGUCAAUCAAUGAACAUCAUCCCAGUGGGUUGGAUGACCAUGUGUUUGCUUGUCAAGUUGCCCGGCCUCUCAGAUGCCCCUGUAGGCCACUGCACUGAUCUGCAUGAAGCUGGGAGCCCAUCAUUACAACAUCUACACUCAAGCCACCACAAAGGAAAAAAAAUAUGCUUACCAACGCCAUUAACUCAUCUCUGCUCUGUUGUACACUCUUUACUUAACUAAUUCUGCUGUUGACCGCACUGUUGACAACUCUGCUCUGCUUGCACUGUUGUCGACUGGUUUGUUGAUCCAUGUACAGGUUUGGGUUAUUCAGUUCAGAGGUCUUGUGUUGUAAUUGUUUUUAGAUGCCACUUAAGUGUUAACUUUAGCUUGCCUUAGCUGUUAAAUGAGUUUUAUCUUUUCCACUACUGUUGCCAUGGUUCAUUGUCUGUUGCUCGGUUUUGCUCUUGCAAACCAAAGAAACAUAGAGGACAAAGUUUGACCUUGCUGUGUGAAAGGCUGUUAUAUAAUAUAUUCUUUUCUCUUGGUCUCUCCUUCCUUUCAUACAGAUGUCAAGCAGUUAACAUGGAUUACAGCCACGAUUCACAAUAAACCUGGACUUUUUUUUUUUUUUUUUUAAGUGUUAAGCGUAUUUUAACAGACUCACCCUUGCUUGAUAAAAUGUUAAUGGCUUUAAACAAGUAGUUCUGAUAUUCUGAAAGGUUGGAGUCUUUGUAGUGAAAACAUUUAGUUUUUUCGUUAAAGCAAAGAAUGUGCUCUUAUUAUAGCUUUUAUGAAUUGCUACUUCCAUCUGAGUCAUACAGGCGGGAGACCUCACCUGACUCCAGCAUGAGUCAAUGUCUAUUUUAAGGAACUGCUGGGUGCCGUUAUAAAAUAUUUGGGGUGCAACACGGGUUGCAUAUAUUGCAUUUACAUGACAUCACAACUUUUAUAAACUGCUCAUAUUAAACUUGAGGUGGAGGGAAGGUUAGGAUUCCGUGGUACGUGCGUUUAGGGAGCUAUAUCUGUACCCUCUUCUUGAGGGUAAACUGCAGUGUCAUUACUCAGAUAGGAACCACACUGAAGCAACUUCUUAUACACUAUAUCAGAUGGUCAUGGUGCAAAAUUUAAAAGUGGAAGAAAACACCCAAGAGGGUGGGUGUAACAGUUUAGUUUUUUCACUAAAUGACCAAACCAAAGUUUGAAGUUAUGGUGUUAGUAUUCAAUUUUAGCAAUGCCAUGACAUUUUGAAAUCACUAUGAAAUUAUUUGACCUUAGCUCAUGUUUAUUUUUAUUUAUUUUUUGAUAAACAUUUAUGCUGUCAGUGGCAGUUUAUGUAGAUAAAGGUGGACUUCUGAAACAGAAUCCUUCUGUAUCAUUGAUACACCAAAUUCCAUCCAGUAUACCAUUUACACACAAGGACUGUUUUAAGGCAUUCAAGAAAAUAAGAGUUGUCUUAUAUUUUUACUUUCAAAUUAUUACCAUAUGUAAAUUACAGAAACUUAAAUUCAUGUUAAUUAUGUUUUAGUGAAACGAGUACAGUAGUAAAAUUUUUAUGUGCAUUUAAACCUGAGCAGUUUAAAAUGUUGUGAUGUCAUGUGAACACAACCUAUUAAAAUUUUUAAGCUUUUAAUUGCAAAUACAAACUUACGAGAGCACCAUAUUCAUAUUCAGUAUAAUACGAGAUAAACAUAAUGCAAUAAAAUGAGAAAAUCACUUA